AAUCUACUAAGCCUUAUUUCCCCCUUAGGUGAGAGUCCUAGGGGACACCAUCUUUCUAUCUGGCGGACAGAAUUUGUGGACAGUUUUUUCAUCUCUCACUGCUCUUGUGUUUUUAUGGAGACUAGAAACUCGUGAGACAGGCUGCCUAGGAGAGGAGGGAGGAUUGCUCCAAGACAGUCUGCAGACCUUACAAGAUAUUCUGGGACCUACCAGAAGAAAAUGGAAGGGCUUCUGAAGGUUGGAGAAGGCAUCUUCCCUGCAGGCCAGAAAGAAGAGGGCUUAACCCCAGGAUCAUCAAUGUUGAGAAUGAUUCUGGUGGGCAAAACAGGCUGUGGGAAGAGCGCCACAGGGAACAGCAUCCUCUGCCAGACACUGUUUGAGUCCAAGUUGGCCCCCGGGGAAGUGACCAGGAAGUGCCAGAGGGAGACAGGCUCAUGGAACGGGAGGAACAUCCUGGUGGUCGAUACACCCUCCAUCUUCGAGGUCAAGGCCCAGGCUCAAGAGAUGUACCAGGACAUCGGGGACUGCUACCUGCUCUCUGCCCCGGGGCCCCACGUGCUUCUCCUGGUGACCCAGCUGGGGCGCUUCACGGCCCAGGAUGUGGUGGCCGUGAGGAGGGUGAAGGAGGUCUUUGGGGUAGGGGUCAUGAGACACGUCAUCAUCCUCUUCACCCACAGGGAAGACUUAGAGAGUGAGACCUUGAAAGAUUAUGUGGCAAACACGGACAACCACAGCCUGAAGCGCCUGGUGCGGGAGUGCGGGUGGAGGUUCUGCGCCUUCAACAACAGGGCCACGGGGGAGGAGCAGCGGCGGCAGCUGGAGGAGCUCAUGGCUGUGGUGGAGAGACUGGAGCGGGAGCGCGAGGGCUCCUUCUAUAGCAACUGCCUGUUCCUCGAUGCUGAGAUGCUGCAGCGAGGCAGGGACGGCCCCUGCCGGGAAGACUACAGGCAGUACCUGGGCAAGAGUUUGGUUUGGUUCAGGCCUCCCCUAUCCCACAUGGAGCCAGGUGCCUCAGCUGCAAAGAGGCUGAACUGGUCUAAAGACAAUCCCAUUCUCUCUGCCAGUGCCUGCACCAGGGCAGACCAGUGAGAAGUAAGAGUCUGUAGAGGUGGAAGAUUUCUCCUUUCCUAGGAGGGACCAACAGAAAUAGACAGUCUCUCUUCUUCCUCUGGGUGUUGUUGGGUCAGCGUGUGAAGCUUGGGACUUUGGCAGUCAUCAUGCUACCAACCUGGGGUGGGAGGCAGCACUUCAAAGCAGAAUAGAGAGAUGGAGCCAACCUGGGCCCCAGAAUCACCCCCGCCCAUCCCUGAAGCCCUGUAUCUCUGGAUUUGCAGUUAUGUUAGCCAAUACGUUCCUAAUUAUUUAAGCUAAUUGAGUUUCAGUCCUCUUACCUGUAUUUGAAAACAUUUGGAUGAAUGAAGUGUU